AUGAGGUUCUCCAUCGCCAGUGCCGUCGCCUUCGCUGCCCCGCUGGCCCUCGCCGCUGACUCUCUCAAUUACACGGGAGCCGCCGCGGGGCAGGUCAUCAAGGACGGCGUCGAGCUACGCAUCCUGCCCGUCGGCGACUCUGUCACCGUUGGGUAUCUCAGCACCGACGGGAAUGGCUACAGGUUGAAAUUGCAAGAAAAUCUGUCUGCCAAUGACGUCGUCUUUGCCGGAACUGAAUCCUCUGGCAACAUGACUGAUCCGUACUUUGUAAGUCAGCAGUGCAUCUCCCGCUUCACCGAUUUUUCAUAUUUGCUUACCAUAAUCAAGGCUGCUUGGUCUGGAAAAACGAUCCAGUACAUUGCGGAUAACGUCCCUCCAUCCCUGACGCAGCGCCCAAACGUCAUUCUGCUCCACGCCGGCACCAAUGACAUGAACCCGAACCCCGACAUCUCCACCGAAGGCAACGAUCCUACCGCCGCCGCCGCACGGCUCGGAGCUUUGAUCGACCAGAUGCUGGAGGCCUGCCCGGAUGCCACCGUUCUUGUCGCGCAGAUCAUCAACACCUGCGUUGCAGACCAGCGGCCCCAAACCGAGGUCUUCCAGGGACUCAUCCCGGAUAUUGUGGAGCAGCGACAAAAUGCUAGCAAGCACGUUCUUGCUGUUGAUUUCGCGGCGCUAGGCGACGGCAUCCUACGGUCAGACUGCAUCCAUCCCUCAGAUGAGGGAUAUCGCACCAUGGGAGACUAUUGGUACGAUUUCAUCACGCAAAUCCCCAAGGAUUGGAUCACUCAGCCGGUCGGAGACGACCCUGACAGAUCCGCCGAUGCAGCGUCGGCCAAGAACGUCACAAGCUCUAGCGGCGCCAAUGCCGUCUUCAAGGAUAAUUGGAUGCUUAUUUUAAUAGCUCAAGUAUUAAAGGAUCACGGUCUAAAGCAGCAUGGACUGUCGGAUGACGCUGUGGAGGCUGGACACGACUUCAUCCACGAUGCUGAGGUCGAGGAGGAGAGGAGACACAGCGGUGAUGCGGCCACGAUGCCUUCCAUGGCCUCCACCAUGGAGCAGGCCAAGAAGAAGGUCGGAUUGGAGGCAUCAAAAAUUGCGGAGCACCUUCCUGGCAAAGAUAAACUUGACAAGAAAGCUUGA